CUUUCACACCCGUACCUAUAAAAGAUGGCCUGUAUCAUAGCUAUAGGAUCACAAGAAAUUUUGGCUUUGACAGACUCUUCCACUCGGAGCAUUAAGUCAAAGAUCAGAUUAUAGUAAACUGGUGUUUCCUGUUGACAUCGUCAAGCUGAUCUCUCUGCGUUCGUGGGCGUCCUUUCGGAGCCCCUUCCUAGUCAGAACAGUAAAUCUGAUGUCGCGCAAUCGCGGGUGGCGCGGAAGACGGAAUUAUAACGAAAACCAAGAUGAUCACUACCACAGACACGGUGGCUCCAGCUACAGCUCUCAUAGCAGCUCGCAUGGGCAGCCGCACGGAUACGACUACCACUCGAAUGGAUACUAUGCAGAUGCUCAACCAAGUCAGGGAUAUAACUACUGGCGCGACAAUGACCAGUAUCACGCCCAAAACCACCGCCAGUCCCCCGUCAACUACACUCGCAGUCAUGAACAUGCGAAUGACCACUAUCACGAUGAGCGUUCUUACAGGAGACGGCAGAGCCGACGAAGCAGCAGUCCGCAGAGAAAAUACCAUUCACGUGCUGAUUCGCCAACCCCAUAUAUUACUUCGCCUUCGUUUCGUCGAAGAACACCUGACAGUCCCUUUCCUGCCACAUAUAUGAGAUCUCCAACACCACCACCUCCCCCUCCACCUGCGGAGCCAGAUCCAGCGUAUAUGGCACUCUCACUUGAGCCAUCGCACAUCGUUGACGACCCUCGCGCCUCCCGAAAGCUUCUCAUACUAGAUUUGAAUGGCACUCUACUCAUUCGAUCGCAACAUUCACGCGCUCGAGCGUAUGGCAGCAUUCACUCAGCACCGCGCCUUCGCGCAGUGCAGCCGCGUCCUUACAUACCCGCUUUUCGUGCAUAUCUGUUUGCACCCGAGACUCGAGAAUGGCUGGACACCAUGGUCUGGUCUUCCGCACAACCUCAUAGUGUGGAGGACAUGGUCGACAGGAUUUUCGGUGAUGUCAAAAGCAAGCUCGUCGCAGUCUGGGACCGCGGGAGUUUGGGGCUUACUAAGGAGGACUAUCACCGAAAAGCGCUGACGACCAAGGAUCUUACAAAGCCCUGGACAUUGCUUCCGUUAGGCACCAACCCAGCAGAGAUCGCGGUACCAUUAGAAGUAGAGUGUGCCGCUGAGCAAGCUGGGUUGACUCCUUCGAUUGCACAUUCUGCCAUGACCACCCUCCUCCUUGACGACUCUCCUCACAAGGCCCGUCUCCAGCCAUAUAAUCACGUCUGUAUACCUGAGUAUACUUCCUCGUUCAGGGAAAAAGACCUUCGGCAGUUUCACCACGAGAAAACAUCUCGAGUGCACAAACCUAGGAAGCGGAAACGGAUGGCAAAUGAAUCCAUGCCGGACCAAACCGAGUCGGCAGAGAUACUGUUACCCUCCUCAGACCCUGAUCCGACUGUAAUCGAUGCUACCUCCGCUCAUGUAGAGCAGUCUUCUAUCCUCAUUCCACCUGCAGAAAGACCACACAUAUCAUCUCGAUCAUGUGCUGAGCCCUAUGACCCCACCAUUCUUGCAGUUAUCGGUGUCCUGGACGAGAUUAGGAAGCAGAGUAGUGUCGCUGGGUGGAUACAGAGCGGCGGUCUUUGGGAUAUUGUUCCAGUUCCUGAGGCUGAAAGAGAAUCCAUUAUCGCUCCAUCAGCCACGGAUGCAAGCACUGUCGAGGAUCUGCAACUGUCCGCCGACUCUCAGGAAGCGCAAUCGCUCACAGUGAAAGAGCUUCAGGCAGCACAAAGACUCGCGACAAAAAAACGAAAACAUGCGGAACAAGCAGCAUCGUCUCCCGCACAAACCGUUCUUACUGUCGACAAGGAAGCUAUCCAGACCGGGAAUGAUGAGUCUACCACCGCUGAUAUAUCAAUUGAGGAUCUUCCUGGUGCUGGUGUAGAAGGAGUAGGAAUGUGGUUUAGUGAUGAGCUGACGCUGUCUUACUGGGUUUGGAGAGGGCGCCGGGCGCUCGACAAUUUGGGAAUUGAAGCAGAUCAUGGCGUAACCGGGUAGGGCCGGACCGCAAUACUAUUAGUCGGCGCUUGCCUUAUGUACCAUGUCGUCAUCAAAGUUGUUCAUGCAUCUUACAUGGUCUGUAAAUAAACGUUCGAACCUCGCCGAUCGAGUUCGUACUGUCAUAGUAAGAAGCGGAACAUUAGUCUCUGAUGCUAAACUGUCUCUUGCUACAGCUUCAGCAACCAGUCCGCUAUGAUCUUGGGUUUCAUAUAUUCUUGGCGCUACGA